UUCUCACCCGGAUAUACUGCGUUUUGCCAAAAAGAAGGUGAAAAAUUCAAAAAAUAUCAAAAUCUGAGAGGUGUGGAUUUUUGAUGACAUGGUGUUUGGGGUCCAGUAUUCCUUCUGGUACUAAAUCCAAAUUUCCAUUGGGAUGGGAUGUAAGACAAUGUCAGAACAGAAUUUUGACUUUACCCGAAAAGUGCCAAAAUGGAUAUACCAUGUUUUGUUCUCAAGCUCUUCAAUUGUAGUAUAGGUCUAUAUUUUGCUUUGAUUUCGCCUGGCUUUCAGAGGAUCUCUCGAGCGGCUCAGUCUCCAUUCGUAGGUUUCUGCACAAGAGCACAUCAAGGCUUGAUAAAGCUGGUGUAGAUCUACAGAUCACACCAUGAACGGUACCGUUCAGAAGGAACGCCUGAGCCCUGACACGGCUGCAGCACUUCACGAGUUUCAAGUUGCAAGGUCUAAGCUAGCAAGCCAAGAGGCAAGGCAAGCAGGCCUCUCGUUUCAACCUGGACCAAGAGAUGUAUUCAUUACGACAACGCCCAAGUCAGGGACAACGUGGAUGACGCAAAUUUGCCAUCAGCUACGCACCGGUGGCGAUAUGGAUUUCAGAGAGAUUACCGAGGUGGUACCUUUCCUGGAAUGUGCUGCGGAUUUGGGACAGAAUUGUGAUGACAAACAGCGAGCUGAGCCAAGGCUGUACAAAACCCAUUUCACAGAGGCGUCGUGUCCCAAGGGCGGAAAGUACAUCACUGUCGUGCGUCACCCGUAUGACGUAGUUGUUUCACAGUGCAGGUUCCAUGCAGCCUGGAUGUUUCGGGCAGAGGACAUCGAGACGAAUCUUUACGUCCAGCAGGUUUCCCUCGGAGGCUCUGUGCCUCUGCAACUGACGCAGGGAUACUCACAGAGGGCUACGGCAUUGAACACUACAUGGGGCUGGUGGCCUCGACGACAUGACAAGGAUGUCUUGUUUGUGUUCUACGAGGACAUGAAAGAGGAUCUGGAGCGGGAGGUGAAGCGCGUUGCAGAGUUUAUUGGAGUUGACGACGCCAGUGCGGUGGAAACCGCUGUGAAGAGAUCUACAUUUGACUACAUGUACGAGCAUCGCGAGCAGUUCAAUGACAAUGUAUUGAAAGCUGCGAGAAAUACAGCCAUGGGUCUUUCCCCCUCGGCUGGCAUGCAGUCUGGCAAGGUGGCAACGUCAGGCGGUAAGCGACACUUGCUCAAUGAUAGAACACAAGCUCUGCUAGACGCCGCUUGGGCACGCACAUGUCUACCCGUGACGGGUGCAAGGGACUAUGAUGAAUGGAGACGAAUGUGGCAUGACGAGCAGGCAUCCGCAUCGUGACUCAAACAAUAGUAUGUUAGAAUACUGCAGUGGUGUGCUGUACAUCACGAUCAUGUGCUCUGUAUUGAUCUAGUGCAUGGUGUAUUAAGUACCGUGUAUUCAUCAUGACUGUUCAGCCAGUGGCGGCGCCUUUUAGUCGCAAUGUGUUCUGAUCGCAAAUGGCAGUGACAUUUCAGCUCAAGUGCAUAUGCCAGACUUUGAACCCAUCUGUAUUGCGCCUGUGUGAGCUCUGCGCAGCUGCCAGUGCAGCUCCCCAUGUCCGUUGGAACUCCGGCUUUCGGUUGUGUUGUUCAGGGGCGUCGGAACCGGUGCGGCAAGUGCAGCCAAAGCCGCACCACUAUUUUCAUCUUGGAAUUUUUGAAGCAAUGGAAUAUGGGCUAUUUGGACCCAAUUUCCCUAAAACUUUCCCCAGGGGAGGCCCCCUGGACCAUCCACCCAUUCAUGGCCGCACCAAUGUAGAAUACCUUCCGACGCCCCUGUUGUUGCAUUGGACGCACCCAGAAGGGGGAUUGCGUUCCUCAUGCUCCUGUUCGUUCUUUCAGUCUGGUUAUUCUCGCAGUUUCUGUCUCUAUGAUUGUUUCAGUAAACUA